AAACGAUUUUCAUCAAGAAAACAAAGCCUUUCUGCUUCAAUACAUCACUUCCUCGGUAACGGUAAUGCAAGGCUGGUUUGUGUAUGUGCGGUAUGCGAGUGUGUACACAUACCGUUUAGCAGUGGUUACAUGGUUGAGCUGAGGAGGCGGUGAGCAGGAAGCAGCAGAGAGCGGAGAUGGGCAUGAGAAUCAAGCUGCAGGGGGCGGAGCAUCCCACCAACCUGCUGAAAGAGCUCAACCAGUGCCGCCUGUCCGAGUCCAUGUGCGACGUGCUCCUGCUGGUGGGCAACCGGACCUUCGCUGCCCACAAGGCCGUGCUGGCCUGCGCCGCGGGCUACUUCCAGAACCUGUUCACCACCGCCGGCUCGGACAGCGCCCGCACCUACAUGGUGGACUUUGUCGCGCCCGCCAACUUCGAGAAGAUCCUCAACUUCAUCUACACCGCGGAGCUCUUCACCGACCUCAUAAACGUGGGGGUCAUAUACGACGUGGCCGAGCGUUUGGGGGUCAGGGAGCUCAUCAAGGCCUGCCACGCCACGUUCCCCGACCUGGAUGCGGCUGCUUCUAACAAGCACCCCGCAGAUGCCACGCGACCGUCCUGCAAUCGUUCGCCGCCACCCUGCAGCGGAGACCCCAGCCAGGCUGGCGAGGGGGCGAGUGGCAGGAACGGGAAUAUCACACCCGCUGCGGCUGGGGCUACUGCCUUGCUGCCUUCUUUAGCUUCUGCUGUGGUUCAGGCUGAAGAGACGAGGAACCCGCCAGUGGAAAAGGCUAGCUCCAGUGUGCUCCCACUGGUAACCACCAAAGCAGAGGAUCAGGAUUCCUUGAUGGAGUACAGCCAAGCGGCCAAUUCUGUGAGUUCGCAGAAGCAGCAAUCUCCCUCUGCCUUAUCUGUAAACCUGGUGGACAGCCAGCCGCUGCAGCAGAAAGCUACCACCGCAAACCACAACCUGAAAGUACCUCCUUCCCACACCCUCAACCCCACACCGCAGCCGUUCAAGACGGAAGAGGAGAGCCAAGACGAGCUGGGCUUCUUCGCGCCCGAUGCGUACGUCGCUGACGAUGCCACCUCAAACAGCAACACCUGCCUAAGCGGGGAGAACUGCAAGGAACGGCUGUCCGCCGGCAACCAGCAAAUGGACGCCGUCCACUUUGAAAGCUGUUACGAUGACGGGGACCUCUACUUUGACGAUAGCGCGGAGGAUCAGAUGGGCCCACCCGGGGAGGUGAUAGAGCUGAGUGACGACGACGACAGCGAGGAUGAUCUGGUCUACAUUGAGAACGGAGACCCCGGGGCCCGCCAGGGCAAGACCACGCCCUGCAAGGUGUGCGGAAUGGUUCUGGAGCCCAACAUCAACGUGAUCCGAGACCACGGGGAGACGCACCUGGAUGAGUCCGGAGCCUGCAGGGUCUGCAGCGCCAAAUUCCCUGACCGCAACUCCCGGCUGACCCACGUGCUCUCCCAUAUCGGGAUCCUGCUGUUCUCCUGCGACAUGUGCGAGGAGAAGUUCUGCACACAGUGGCAGCUGGCCCUGCACCGCCGGAGCAAUUCCGUCGAGACCAACAUCAUCGUCCAGCCCAACGCCUCCAUCUCUGGGGACCUCAUCGCGGCCAACGGCGGACCAGUCAAGGAAAUCCAGUGCGGAGCCUGCGCGAAAGCCGUGAGCAAGGACUUUCAGGUGGUCCGAGAACACAUCCUGGAGCACCUGAAUGUGAAGACGCUGAGCUGCCGUGUCUGUGAGCGCCCCCAGCAGUCCCUCUGCGGCCUCAUGUGGCACUCCCUGAGCCACGUGGGGCUUUCCAUCUUCUCCUGCGACGUCUGCGCCUGCAGCUUCGUGGACAAGGACCUCCUGGAGAAACACCUGGCACUCCACAGGGGGCGAGAGGAAGGCCGGCCCCUCCUCAAAUGCUUCCUCUGCCCUCAAGGCUUCCUCUCCCACUCGGCUUACCAGUACCACCUCAGCUUGCACAGCAAGGAGCUGGGCCCGGAUGGCUACCAAAAAAUGGCGGAGCUCAACCUCAUGCAGAGUCGGAAGAGGAAAGCGGACCAGCUCCUAGACUCUUCUUCGUGUUCCUCCUCCCCGCUGGAGAGCUCCACGGCUUCCCUCGUCCUCCCUCUGCAGGACAGCCUAGGGGCGGGGGCCAUGAGGACCAAGUGGUACCGCUGCAAGUUUUGUGGCAAGCGCUUCGCCCAUUCGGGGGAAUUCACCUACCACCUCCGGAUUCACACCGGGGAGAAACCUUUCCAGUGCAAGAUCUGCUCAAGGUUCUUCCGGGGGCGGUCGACCAUGAUCUGUCACCUCAAGACCCACUCGGGGGCCCUCAUGUACCGCUGCACGAUCUGCGGACACUACUUCUCCACCCUCAAACUGGUGACCACUCACAUGGAGCUGCACAAGGACGUCCUCCCCCCCGAUUUCAACAUCGAGCAGACCUUCAUGUACAGCGACCACACGAAAGAGCCCCUGCCUUGUCCGGACAGUUCGUUUUAGUGCUGUCCUUGAGGGGUGUGCUGAGACUCUGACUCGGAGUUGCCUUUAAGAAGGAUUUUAUCAGCAGGUAUUAAAUAAAUCAGUUUGUCAACGUGUUGAUUUCAAAACGAGAACAGGUAUCCUUCCCUCACCUUUACAAUCGAGUACCAAUCAGUGACGAUUACCGUCCGCAUUGAGUGUUUUAAAAGCCGGUUGGAAGCAGUACAAAUGCCAGCGCCCCGGAUGAAAGGGACAUGCUCUUCCAGUCAGAGUAUCAGCACACCCCUAGUUAUCUUUUUGUGUUUUUUUUUUUUUUGCUUUUCUGGGUAAUGCUUUAUUUUAAGUGUUAAUUAGUUAAGCAGUUAGUCAGUGUACUACAGGAUUGUUAUAAAGUCUUUUAGGGGCUAGACCGCAGUCGAGUGAAGGUGUGGCAGUAGUAUUGGGCUUGGAGCAGGGAAGUUUAAUAGGUAGCUCUCCAAGUUGAAUCAGUUUCGGUCCGGCGCUAUUUACUGUAUUAACCCAUUAAGUUGAAUUGAGCCCAACCCUGAUUGUCUGAGUGAAAUAAUAUGGACAUUUUACACCUCUGGUUUCAGUUUUCUAGACCGCGACAAAAGCUUUUGUAUCGUCAACCACUGCUGUUUAUCAAAGAUACCCACCUUGUAUUUAACCACAGAGUAAUUGCAAAAUGAAAGCAGCUAGGUGUGAUUGAAAGUAUUUUUAAAAAAAGAAAGACAUGUAACAAAUUUAAAGGGUUAUAAGAAGUAUUUUUAUUCAGACUUUGUGUCUUUUUGAAGUUCAGGGUAUUUUCCCACCCUUUUAAUUAGAAAAAUAUUCACAUUAUUUUUGGCACUUUAGUUGGUUUUGGUAUAGUUAGUUUGAAUAUUUUAAAAUGUGUUUGAAUCCUGAUAAAAGGGACAGUUUUUUAUAUAUACAGUUGUAGUCUAAAGCUUACAUACCCCAAUGGAAAUUUAUAAUUUCUAGAAAUUUCUCGAAAACAAAUAAUUAUUGGAAAAAUCUUUUGAGCAACAGUUUUGCUUUUGUGGAUGAGGAAUAAAAAGUUACAAGAAAUGGAGGUCCACAAUGAUUUAUUUCAGCAAUUCUUUUGCAAAACACCAAACAUGCUAAUUCCAAAGUAUUCAUACCCUGACAAGGAAAAUGAAAUUAACAGCUAGUUGAGGCACUUUUUAGCAAUAAUAACCUCUUUUAAACGAUUAGGAUAUUUAUCAUUGAUUUUUGACCAUCCUUCAACGCAAAAUUGUUCCAGUCCAAUCAAAUUCUUGGUAUGAGUUGAAGAAGGCUGUGCACAAGAGAAGUCCUCAGAAUUUGAAAAAAGUAUUAAUUUUCCUUGUCAGGGUAUGAAUACUUUGAAAUUAGCAUGUUUAGAGUUUUGCAAAAAAAAAUGCUGAAAGGCAUCUAUUUCUUGUAACUUUUUUUUCCUCAUCCACAAAAGCAAAACUUUUGCUACAAAAGAUUUUUUCCUAAAAUUCUUUGUUUUCUAGAAAUUUGUAGAAAUUAUAAAUUUCCAUUGGGGUAUGUAAACUUUUGACUACUACUGUAUAUAUAAAUAUAUAUGUAUCAUAAAAAAAACAAAGCAAAGAUUUACCAGGAAUGAAAGAUUGACAUUUUCUUACCUCUCACUAGUAUAUCAUCGUAAGCGCUCCUCUUCCUUCCUGUGUUCCAGAUAACAGGGGCCAACUCCAACACGAACACAGAAAGUGGGUGUAAGAUAAGGAAGGAAGUGAUAUAUAGAGGGAUGCUUUGGCUUCAUUGAACUCCAGAAUCAUGGCUUUACAACCGGAUACCCCAAAAACCUGUUUAGUUUUUAUUUGAACAGAUUUGUUGGUUUGUAGUGUAAUUAGUUUGAAGGUGUACAUUUCAUGGAAUAGCAAGCGCUGGGUUACAUCAAAAUUGACCACAAUGGAAUAAUAAUAAUAAUAAUAAUAACAGUAAUAAUGUGUUAGACCAAGCUGGUCUGUAAUCCUUACCAAUUUCUCAUCUUGGUGCUAAUAUAGACACCAGUGUACCAAAGUGAAACAUCCCUAUCCUAAUUCUCUUGAAUUUUAUCCAGCUUCCUCCUUCUCUCAGCCUCCUGUUGCGUUCAGUGUUUGCAGUCCACUCCCUGCAUUCUCAAUGUCGCAUUCGCUUUGCAUCCCACUGGCCCUCUGAACAGAGCAAAGCCCAAGGCAAGGAGAUUGAGAGACAGACUGGUGUCAUGUAUCCAGAUGUGAAGCAGAGCAGGUCUUUAAUCUAAUGCAAGGCGACAUGUUUGCUGGCUGGCUUGCUUACCAGCUAGCAGCAAGAGUACUGUUAACAGCAGAUCUAUUUAAGAAAUGUUUGUCAUGGCCCUCAGCUCGACACCCCUUUACUAAAACUCUAAACUAAUGUGAUACCUUAAUGUAAUUUUCCAGGAAUGGUAUAAGACUCCCAUUGCAUAGGUUUGAUCCAUUCCUGGUUUUACUGUGAGUUUAAUAAGACACACCUGAGCUUGUUGCCUGUGUACACUGUGGCUAAUCAAGUUUGUAUUAAAACCUGGAGUGAGUGAAACUGCUAUGCAAUAGGAGUCUUAUUUCCAUCCCUGGUUUGAGGCUUUUAUUUAAGUGUGCAAUUGUGUCUGCUCUUGUCAAACUAUGCCCGCCACACUGUGGGGGGGAAGCAGGUACUGUCUGCAUAGAUUAGAUAAGGGGUCUGCAAGCCUCGUCCUGGAGAGCCCCUAUCCAGCAGGUUUUAUAGGUGUCGUUACAUCAUCAGUGGCUAAAGAUCUGGAACACCUGUUAGUCUUGACUAUUUAAGCCAAUAAUUGGUUCGAUUAAGUAACAGAGAGAUUGGUUGAAAUGAAAACCAGCAGCCCCAGUAGCUCUCCAGGACCAGGGUUGGAGACCCCUGGAUUAGAUCGAGCACGCCUCCUGAAAUUGAAAUUCACAUUUUGUGACCGGUUUAAGGCAUGUGCAUUCAGUAACUCCUGUGUUUGUCUCACGUGUGCUGUUCUGUGCUAGAGGCUGAGUAAAGGCUGGUUUCAUAAUCAAUAACUUGUAUGAGAUAAAACCGCAAUAAUACCCUCCACACCUUUAUAAAUAAGUGUAUUAAAAGACAAAAGCCCUUGUCCUCUAAAAGCUGUGUUUUGUUUGUACGCAGAACACUAAGGUACCGGGUAUGUGGAACAUGUUUGUCAGUCCUGUCUUUUUGUAACCUACUCUGUGAUUUUGUUUUGAUGUACUCAUUUUUUUAUCAACAUUUUUGGGACACUCAGGGGUGUCCAGUCCUGGAGGGCCAUUAUUCCACUCCAGGUUUAACAGGUGAAAUCAGAUAAUUAACCACUUCAGGGUCUGAGUGCAGGUUUGAUUGGUUGAUUUAUUUAAAGAAUUUAGAACCGGGUUGGAACUAAGACCAGGAGUGGAACUUUGGCCGGCCCUGGUGUAGCCAAAUAAACAAACUCGCCCCAAGCUCUGCUUCAGUAUUCUCUACAAAGCAGCGCUUUGUAAUGAUAAAAAAAAUAUGCUUUUUUGUUUUGUUUUGUUUGUUUUUGGUGGCGACAGGAGAAGAUAAGCUGUAAAAGUGAACCUGCUUGUGCUUUUCAAAACGGUUCUUGCUUUAUAAGUCCUGGUUAGUGAGCGUUGUUUUUUUUUUUUUAUGAAAGAUUAAUUUUAUUUGUACUUUUCUACAAGUUGUUUCAUGUAGUGAAUAUCAUAAUACACUAUUAUUAACUCUUUUAUUUAUACUGAUCUAUCUACUGUUGAUUUUUUAGAAUAAAAAACUAUUUAAA